UGAGGCUACGUUGGCAGUAGCAAACCUUUUUGCCUAUUACAAGCAAAGCUAAAGAAGGAUUCCAUUCCAUCACGACCUCGUUCCCCACAAGAACACUACUCUUCUCGUCGUCACCUUCAUAUCUCUUACGUUCUCGAACACAACUGCACCGCGAACAUCAUGUCGUUCUUCCUUCUCUUCUGCGUCGUAACGGCGGCUACGUGCCUUCUCCUUGCCUGUCCCGUCCACACCAACCAGAUCGAGUAUUGCGACAAGAAAGCCAGCUACCAGGUGACGGUCAAGGGGGUCGAGAUAAAUCCCAACCCGAUUGCGCGAGGCCAACCUGCUACCUUCAAGAUAUCAGCAAUCACUGGGGGUGACAUAAACAAAGGGAAACUGGUGAUCGAUGUCAAGUAUUUUGGCAUGCACAUCCACCAGGAGACGCUUGACCUCUGCAAAGAGACGUCUUGCCCAGUUUCCACCGGUGACUUCCGGCUAUCCCAUCAACAGACGCUCCCAUCAUUCACUCCACCAGGUUCAUACACACUGAUCAUGAAGAUCCUUGGAGAGGAGGACAAGCAGUUGACAUGCUUCAACUUUGAUUUCAGCAUUGGGUUCACCGAACCAGAUUGGAUUCUCGUAUAUUGAAUACAAAAACAUUGGUGUGCUUGGGCUGUUCUAAGAUUUGACCUGGUCAGACAUCAUGGGUUCGAAUCUCAUGGUUUUGGAUCUUGAAGCAAGUUUGUCGAUUCAUACAUUACAUUUCAUGUUUGGGAUCAUUUGUUUCCCCUCCCACCCCCCCUUUUUUUUGGUUAUACUACUAAUCGAAAUAUAUGUGCAUUAGAUAUCCGA